AUGCUCUUACGUCGUAUUUGUAACAUCUGUGGGAAUAAGGCCAUCCACCGGCUAUCUGGAGUAGUUUUGAACAUCAGCAAGGACUCCAGCGCUUUGAAUUGGCGAUGCUUUGGUUACGUGUGUAAAAGACAUCGGUAUUCCUCGACGUUCGGCUGGUCAGACGGGGAAGCUACUGACAAGAGUUACCAGUCAGACAAGUCACUUAACAGGCCGGAAGUAACGAAAAGGGACUGGCAGACGACAUUUGAAAGGGACGGAAAAGAUCAGACAUUUCCGACAGCAGCAGGAGACGACGUGGACAAUUACCUCACACCAGACGGACUUUCCAAAUCCGCAGGGAAUCGGAAAAAGUCAAAGUUUCGGGCAGACGACGAAAUUAUACAUCAACACUACGGGGCUUACCUUGAAGACUACAGAGGGUCGGGAUACGACCGAGGUCACAUGGCAGCUGCCGGAAAUCACCGAUCGUCUCAAGAGGCCAUUAACAAAACGUUUUUACUCAGCAACAUUUUGCCGCAGGUGGGUCAGGGUUUUAAUCAGGGUAUCUGGCAUCAGUUAGAGGAGGGGGUACGGGACAUUGCCCUAAUCAGCACCUGUGUUCACCUGUAUACAGGACCUUUGUACAUACCACGAAGAGAUCGGAACGGGGAGCAGUAUGUAAGCUACCACGUGAUAGGUGGAAACCGCGUAGCAGUUCCGACGCAUCUGUUUAAAACCAUGCUGAUUGGGCGAAUGGAGAAGAAACGUCAUUACAGAUAUUACAUGUUGUCCUUCAUCAUGCCCAAUGUACGAGUCGACGACUCUGCUCAGAUCGACGAGUUCAUUGCCAACAGGAAUCAUUACAGUCAUUUCACCGUUAUCUCGAGAUUCCACAAACUCUUACCUUUUAACACAGCUUUGAACAACAUGAUCGUGUCUGGAGUCUUGGGAUUAUAG